CUUAUUCUGUUUGGAAUUACGGUUAAAGACUGUUCAGUUCAACUCCUCUCUGAAUUACUCCAUGGUUAAACCUAGAAGAAGCAUAAUCCAAGAGUGGCAGUCCUACAGGUUUCUUUCCCAGUCGAUAAAACAGCAUAUUCAAUUUCGCCGGGGAGCAGAAUUAGGGUUCCGAUUGAUCGGUUGGAAAUUGCAUUUUCUUCCAGAUAUUUGUCCAGUAACUGCUAAGAGGACACAAAAAACCUCCUCUUCCAUGUCUCAGUGUACUUACCAGGUGUUCUUAAGCUCCAGCGAUGACACUAGUAUCAACUUUUCAGAUCACCUUUAUACAGCGCUGGUUCACUCUGGAAUUCACACUUGUCGAGCAGAUAAUGGAAUUGAGAGAGGGCACAAUAUGCAGUCAGAAUGUCAACGAGCCACCGAGGAAUCCAGGAUUUCAGUAAUUGUCUUCUCGAAAGGCUAUGCUUCUUCGGGACAGUGCCUUGAUGAACUUCUAAAUGUUCUCCAACGCCGGAAGGCAGUUGGACAUAGAAUAUUGCCGGUGUACUACAAUGUGGACCCAUCUGAAGUUGGGAAGCAGACUGGGAGUUUCGGAGAAGCGUUUGCUAAUCAUGAAGAACAAUUCAUUGCAGCCACAGAUGGAAGGGAAAAGGAUUUGAUGGAAAACGUCGAGAGGUGGAGGGCAGGUCUCAGGGAAGUUGCAAAAUUAAGAGGGAUGGUCUUGCAAAAUCAAUCUGAUGGGCAUGAAUCGAAGUUCAUCCAGGAAAUUAUCAAAGAGAUCUCGAACAAACUGAAUCGUAGGGUCUUGGGUGUUACCCAAUACCAGAUUGGAAUUGAUUCUCGAGUUGAGAGCAUAAAUCAUUGGUUACAAGAUGGGGCAACUGAUGUUGGCAUUGGGGUGAUAGCCGGGAUUGGUGGAAUAGGGAAGACAACCAUUGCCAAAACUGUCUAUAACUCAAAUUUUGACAGGUUUGAAUGCAGUAGCUUUCUUUUAGAUAUUAGAGAGACUUCUAAACAGCCCAAUGGUUUGGUACGUUUACAAGAACAACUACUUUCAGAUAUUUCGAGGUGUGGAAAACUAAAAAUUGGCAGUGUUGAUGAAGGAAUGAUUAAGAUUAAAAAUGCAGUAAGUUACAGAAGGGUUCUCGUUGUUCUUGACGAUGUGGAUCAACUGGAUCAAUUGAAUGCAGUCCUUGGAAUGCGAGACUGGUUUUGCCCAGGAAGUAAGGUUAUUAUAACAACUCGUUAUGAGAAACUGCUGAAACCAUAUAAAGUUGACGAGACCUUUAAGGUUAAGGAAUUGGAUUAUAAUGAGUCACUGCAGCUCUUCAGUUGGCAUGCCUUUGGACAAGCACAUCCUAUUGAAGGUUUCAUGGAGUACUCAAAAAGUGUACUCCAACAGUGCAAAGGACUCCCUCUGGCUCUUAAACUGUUGGGUUCUUCUCUCCGUGAUAGAAGUGCAGAGGAAUGGGAGACUUCAUUGGAAGAAAUGGAAUCAUUCACUGGAAAUCAGAUCCUACAAACACUGGCAAUUAGCUUUAUGUCCUUACAAGAUGAUCACGACAGGAAAUUAUUCCUCCACAUUGCUUCAUUUUUUGUUGGGAAGGACAAGGAAUAUGUGGUCAAAAUACUGGAUGAAUGUAAUUUCUAUACGACAGUUGGAAUUGAAAACCUUGUGGGUAGAAGCCUCAUAACAAUUGGAGAAGGGAAUAAGUUGAUUAUGGAUCAACUGCUCCGCGACAUGGCUAGAAGAAUUGUACACCAAGAGUCACCCAAUGAGCCUGGGAGACGUAGCAUAGUGUGGGAUCAUGAGGAUUCUUUCCAUGUAUUGAGUAACAAAACUGGUACAGAAAGGGUUCAAGGCCUCAUCUUUAAUAUGCGUAUAUUGAGGAAAGCUAAAUCUUCCAUGUCAGCUACCAAUGUUAGUCAUACAAAACGAGAACACCCGAUACAUGAUAGUCCAGACUGGUCAUGGAAACGGCGUCGUCUUAGCUUGUUCUCCUGGCAACGUCUAUCCACUGCAUUUCCAAAAGUUUUUCCCUCGGCAAAGGACGUAAACUUCAGAACUGAUACUUUUUCAAUGAUGCCCAAACUAAGACUGCUCCAGCUUAAUUAUGUGCAGCUUGGUGGAAGCUAUAAAAGGUUCCCAAGGAAGUUAAGAUUGUUGUGCUGGUAUGGGUUCCCUUUAAAAUCUAUUCCUGAUGAUUUCCCGUUGGAGAACCUGGUAUCUCUUGAUUUUCGCCAUAGCAAUUUGGAACAACUUUGGAAGGGAACAAAAUUCCUCAGAGUGUUGAAAUUUCUGAAUCUCAGUUACUGCCAUAGCCUUGUCAGUACUCCUGACUUCUCAGGACUUCCUUGCCUUGAGAGACUAUGGCUCAAGGAUUGCACAAGUUUGAUUAAGGUUCAUGAAUCAGUUGGGGACCUUGAGAAACUAGUUCUUUUGCAUCUAAAAGGCUGUAAUAAUCUUAGGAAGCUUCCUAGAAAAAUUGGGCAGCUAAAAUCGCUUGAGAAACUGAUUCUCUCGGGUUGCUCAAAGCUUGAAAUGAAUCCCAUGGAGCUUGAGAAAUUAAAGCCUCUGACAGUACUACAUGCUUAUAGAACAGCUAUAACUCAAUUAUGCUUUACCAGUAGAAAGAGUGAUCCAUGGCCCAAAAUUCUCUGGUCUUGGGUAUCAAAACCAAGCAAAGAAAUGGGCCACACAUUGGCCUUUUUGCCAUGCACUUUACAAAAAUUAUGUCUGAGGAACUGUCAUCUAUCAGAUGAUACUAUUCCAAGGGACCUUAGUGGCUUAUCUUUGUUGUUGGAAUUGGAUCUAAGCCAGAAUCCAAUUUCUAGCUUACCAGAAAGCAUCAAAGGCCUAACUAUGCUCAAGUCCCUUAGGUUAGAUGCAUGCACAGGGCUCCAGUCACUUCCAGAGCUUCCAUCAAGUUUGAAGGAACUCAUAGCAAGAGAUUGCAAGUCACUUGAAAGAAUGAAAAUGCCUCCAAGCCUUUUCAAAUCAAUAGAGGUCAUGCAACUAACUGGUUGCGACAAACUGGGUAAGGUUGAGGGAUUGUUCCAGUUAGAAGCCAUAAAAAGCUUCCAUCCAGAUAUCAUCAACACUUUGGGCUUUCUUGAUUUGGAAUCCAAGGGGAAAAUGGAGGUGGAAUUGUGCAAUAACUUGACACUUACUAGAAAGAGGGGUCACCUCCAGGGGUUCUAUGAAUUUGGUAUAUUCAGCAUUUUCCUUCCUGGCAGCAAGAUUCCCGCAUCGUUCAGCAAUAAGAGUUUGGGUUCCUCAAUAUCUUUCGUUGUGCCGUUUUUUCCCAAUGUCAACAUACGAGGCUUGAAUGUAUGUGUCGUUUAUGUGUGUUCCAACUCUCACAAAGAUGGGAACUUGCAUGAUUUCCAUGUUAAAUUUAUAAAUAAGACCAAGGGUCUUGAAUGGACCUAUGGCCCAACGAUCCAUGGAAAUGAAGAAAUGAUAUGGUUAAGCCAUUGGAAUGUGAGGAAUCUGCAAGCUGGUGAUGAAUUAAAUGUUUCCAUGGUUUUGGGGGUUGGUUUCGAGGUAAAAGAAUGUGGGGCCGACUUCGUGUAUGAGCAAGAAGAGAAGUGCCCCUGGUCAAAUAGUGGUGGAUGCACCCAGUCUAUUAGUGGACAAGGAGUAAUCCAACACCAUGACUUGACUUCUCAUCAGCGUGUCAUUGGUGGAGAUUUGUCAGCAUACGAGAGGAGUCAAGGCGUGUAUCUCCUCUGCCAUUAUGGUCAAUCUUCUAAGUUCUAACUAAGAUCCUCUUCAAAAGCAUUCAAGUAACACUGGGAUGUCGCAACUGUCUAUAAGGUUCCAACUGGGGCACGAAAGUAGCUACAGGAGUUGUAUGAAUUUGGUAUAUUGAGCACUUCUCUUUCGGGGACUGAGGGAGGAAGGGGGCCUUGGGAGCCCUUAUGCGGACGAUAAAGGAGUUAUUACUGUCAGUCUAGCUUCACUGGUAUUGAUUACAGAAACGGGAUUUUUCAAGGGGGGAAUGGUGAUACAGGUUUGCCGGGUUGAUUUUGCGAUCCUUUAUAUUGGAAGGUUCAGUGGCAUUUCAAAUAUCCCAGAAUUUCCUCCUGCUAAGGGCCCUGAAACCUUCCAUGGCAUGGUUGUACACUCCAUGGAGUAUACAGACAUGGAUUUUGCAGCAGCUCAAGUGUUGGUGAGAGGAAAGCGAGUCACUGUUGUCAGGUUCCAGAAACACGCAAUGGACAUUGCAAUGGAAUGCUCAACAGAAAAUGGGGUGGAAAAUCCAUGUACUAUAUAUCAUACAGGAAUGAACACUGGAACAUUUCGAAUUACCUUCCUUGGGGAGUUCCCAGUGCAUAUUUUUACUUCGAUCACUUCUCAGAGCUGUUGGUUCAUAAGCCUGGUGAAGGAUUUUUCCUUGGUCUCCUGGCAGCACUUCUUUCACCUCUGAGAUGGGGAUUUUCCAAAUUUGUUGGAGGUCUCAUAAAUCGGAAGCAUUGUCUUUCAAAGUUGGGAAUGGUGCCCAAGCACAGUUUCUUGAAAGAAACCGGUUCUUGUUUGGUCUCAAUCGUGCCCGAGGGGUUUUACGAAGCAGUUGAUAAAGGUAGCAUCAAAUUCAAGAAAGCUCCGAGUUUUGGGUUUUGCAAGGAAGGCAUCUUGAUUGUGGUGAGGCUGGACCUCCAAAGACUGAUAUGGUCGUAUUUGCUACUGGGUUGAGGGGAAUUUAAAAGCUUAAAGACAUUGUUGUGUCCACAACCUUCCAAGACUGCAUGCUCGGGUCACCGGAUAAGAGAGUGCAACGCUCUAGGGAAUGCAUUCAUCCUUGAAUUCCAAAACUAGCGAUAAUCGGAUUCUCAGAGAUCAUUUCAAGUCUUGCACAAUUCGGAGAUGAGGUGCCGAUGGCUAGCAGGGCUUCUGGACGGCACAUUCAAGCUACCCGGAACUAAAGAGAUGGAGAAAGACACUGCAAAAGGCGUCAAGUUAAUGAAGCGAUACUCUGGCCAAUACUACCGGAGAUCUUGCAUUGGCGCUCUUCAUUUAUGGUACGACCAACUCCGCCAGUACAUGGGAUGGAAACCUAAACGAAAGAAGGGAUUCAUUGCUGAGUUGUUUGAGCCAUAUAUCCUCCUGGAUUAUGCUAAGCUGGUCGAGACACUCGGAUAUCAAAUCCAUCCUAAAGAGCUGCCUGGCCAACUGUUUUUCUCCCAAACUUGCAAUGCCAUGAAUCCUAUUACCAGUGUCAAUGGAGAUUAUUUUUUCAAAAAAACUAUAGGAAACAAGAUGGUUUGCUUGUCAAGCUUAAAAUGUGAUAUAGAGAUUUGCAAUUGCUUUUGGGGGCAAAAUUUCUUGAGAG